AUGUCGUGGCCGUACCAUUUCAUUUCUUUAUCCGAAGAUGACAAGCUGCACCGCCGGGAGCUGCUUGAUCUUCGGGGAUAUUAUGCACAAUUGUCAAUUGCUAUGGUCAUCUUGGCCAUUCGAACUUUUCGCUUUACCACGGGAUCAACCGCAAAGCGGGACGGGCCGGUUUCUGCAAAGACCCGACGAUAUCUUGUCUGCGGAGUGUGGCUAUCAUGGCUUCUAGGUCUUUCAAUAUGGAACAGUGGCGAGGACUACCUUCACUUGACCAAAGCGUUGGGCCACGUUGGCUUGUCUCAACUGCCACUGCAGGUUCUGAUGUCUCCAGGAGAUAUCUCUCACCCAGAAGCCUCAUCUGUGAUGUCUGUGGUGACCGGUAUUCCUCAACGAGUACUAACACCGUACCAUCGUCUUUUUGGUCGGACGGUUGUUGUUCUCCUGUUGGCUCACGCCACGUUAUAUACGCUUUUCUUCGUGCAAUCUUCUCAUCCGGAAUUUGGCAUUCUGUUCUACAAACGAGUGGAAGACCUUGAUGUGCAAUGCGGUAUGCUCGCGAUCCUUUCGGCUGCGCUUCUGUUCCUCUUCGUGCGGCCUACUUCUCAGCAAGCAACCCAAUCCUUGCAAGGCACACUUCAAGAACGCAGGAAGACGUUCUACUAUGGUCAUGUGUCUUUGGUGGUGCUCUUAUGUAUUGCAGCCUACUUCCAUGUUCAGCAGGCCCAAAAGUACAUUCUCCAGACUCUAGCGGCUUCCAUGCUUAACUGGGUGUGUUCUCGGGUGGUAGGUUAG